AUGGAGAUGGAAGACAUGAGUCUCGAGGUAGCCGAGAAGGACACGGCGGCUGAGAUCGCCGCUGAGGCCGCCGUGGCCGAUCCAGCCAACCGGCCUGCAAAGCGCUCCUCAAACACACGGACCUGUCAACCAUGUCGCUUGAGAAAAGUCAAGUGCCUCAUUGGGGACGGAACAUCGUGCGCCAACUGCGAGCGUCUGGGGUUCACAUGCUCGUUCGCCGACACAUCUCCUCAAGGUGACGGCGAUAAUACACAGGUAUCUCUGCCGCGACGGCGAGUGAGACUUGCCUGCAUCAACUGCCACUCAAGAAAAGCGCGCUGCAGCGGCGAGACGCCAACUUGUGCGAGAUGUCAGUCCCAGGGCAUCGAGUGUGUCUAUCGCCCGACAAAAAGGUCAGGUGCUGUGGCAGGACAGGCGGGCAAUUCCGAUCAUGAGUCCGUGUCUUCAGAGCCGCCCGAAAAGAGGAGAAUGACAAAUGAAGAUGCUUGCGCGAGAAAUGGACGACUCGGAACUAACGACAAUGCUGGAUUUGCUGGAGGAUACAGCUCGUGGCCUCCAAAUCAUGAACCAAAUAUUGCUUUUCCCGAUGAAACAAUCAUCACAAGGACAUUCAACAAUUUCUUUCGUCAUAUACAUCACGUGCCAGUUUUCUCCUUCCUGCAUCGGGCGUCGCUCAUGCAGCGGUAUCAUGCAGGAAUGAUGGACAAGCCACUGCUCCUGGCACUGGUGGGCAUCACAUCCUUACUCACAGACCUAGGGCCAGGGAUGAGGGAAUAUGGAACCAAAUGUAUCGACGAGUGCCAGAGAAUGAUUUUGGCUGAUCUCGAAAACCCGUCCACGAUCAAGAUCCAAGCCUUGGUUUUCAUCAUGAAGCACCGAAUGCUCAACCGUCGCUUUACUGCAGCAUUCAUGUUGGCAGCCAUGGCUGGGCGCUUUGCCUAUGCGCUCCGAUUAAACUAUGAAAAUCCCAACCUCUGCUUUCUAGCCAGGGAAUCUCGAAGACGGUUGAUGUGGGCAUUUUUGACGAUUGAUUCGGGCAUCAACGGAGGCUACCCGGAUUUCACGCUACUGCCGUCCGAGGCUCUUCACAUACAAUUGCCAUGCAAUGAGCGUAACUUCGAAUUCGAUCUACCUCAGGUUACUGGACACCUGAAGCCGAUUCCUACAACUCCAUUCCCUGAUGAUGUUGGGUCCUUGGCACUUCACGUUCGACUUCUGUGGAUCAGGAGUCGGAUCCUGUACUGCACCAAGAAUGUGAUCGCUAUGCCCGAAACAGAGUUGGCAGAGCUGCCAAAGCUUGUCGAGGUGCUCGCGCAGGAACUCAAAUUAUUUAAUGAACAUCUCCCAGCCUCGUUUCGUUUCUCCGAGAGCAACCUGCGACUCCGAGCUUAUUCUCCUAGACUGUGUGUCUUCAUCAUGAUACACAUCUGGUUCCGCCAGUGCUAUUGCGAUUUAUACCGUAUUGUCAUGACUGGUCUGAAAGAGGCGCUUCCUCGCUCUUCGCUUGACAGAUUGCCACCACAAUUCGUGGCUCUGUGUGAGCGGCAAUGCUACGAGCACGCAAUCGCCAUGGUGGACAUUUUCAGACUCACCCUAUCACUAGAUGGAGGUCUCCCAGUUACCGAUCUUGACCUGUCGGCGUGCGCUUAUCAGUGCGCACGCAUGAUUUACUUUGCUCAUCAUAUGAAUUCAAAUGAGUUUCAACUGACCGCCGACCAAGUGCAUGACCAUGCGCAAAAGUGCUUACAGAUAACAAGGCAUAUGAUGCAUAUACCGGCAGGUCUCGCUAUUCAUACCGAUCUCGAGAAAUUGGUCUCGCACGGGCUUUCAGCUAGCACAACACCGAGUCACCCGGGCAGCCCCGAAGCUGCUCGAAUACCGCCGAGACAGAUACUCUCACGGCAUAACCCAGUACAUCAGAUGAAUGUCGUGGACUACAGCGAGAUUCCAGCAGCGCAGUCGCCAUCGGUGCCUAUUCUCUCGCCUCUGAAUCACAGCAACAUCAGCGGCGGCUCCGACCACCACACGCCUGUAUCGCAUCCAACCCCAUCCACCAGGCCGGUGAACUUUGGGGAAGUUCCCACCUACAUCAAUGAUAUGAACAUGCCCAAACCGAAUCUACCACCAGUGGAUCCACCCGAGGGAUUGGAUAACAAUAAUGCCUUUGAAGGGGCAAUGGACGGUUUUGACUUCAAUUUUGAGUCUUUUGGCAAUACUGGUCUCGAAUCAGUCUCUUGGUUCUCUCAAGAGUGGCUAAACCAAGAUCUUUCGCAGACAGUAUGA